AUGCCCAUCCCCACAUCCUCGACGGGGCAGUCGUACCCGCCCGUUCUCGACUAUCGCAUCGUCCAGCUGAUCGGUGGAGGCGGCUUCAGCAAGGUCUUUCGCGCAGUUAAUCCUUCGUCCAAAUCCAAUCCUGUCGCAGCCAUCAAGGUCAUCUCGUACGCACCCAACCGCUCCAACAAGUACCCUAUCGAUCGUCGAGCGCUGCAAAAGGAGGUCCAGGUCCACUCGAUCCUCAAACACCCCAAUGUCCUCGAGUUUCUCGGCGCCGUCGAACGCGGUGUAGACAAGAAUGGUAAUGCCGGCAAGGAGAAGGGCAUUCUGAUGGGCGAAGCCGUCGCCACCACACAGGAAUCCAUCAAAGCUCGCGACAAGGAGCGUCAGAAGAUGCUCAGUUCGCCCUCGCAUGAAGACAACUACGUGCCAGGACUCUACAUGGUCCUCGAGCUGGGAGCCGGUGGCGAUCUGUUUGACAAGAUCGCGCCAGACUACGGCGUGGAGGAGGAUCUGGCCCACUUUUACUUUCAGCAGCUGCUGGCAGGCUUGGAGUACAUUCACUCGCAGGGCGUGACACACCGCGACAUCAAGCCGGAAAACAUGAUGCUCGAUGCAGAGGGCAACCUCAAGAUCGCGGAUUUUGGCCUCUGCUCCGUGUACAAGUACAAGGGCAAGGAGCGCGAACUGACGGGCGCCUGCGGAUCCUUGCCGUACAUUGCGCCUGAGAUGAACGGUAAACCGUACCGCGGCGAACCCGUCGAUGUAUGGAGCUCGGGCGUGGUGCUAUUCGCCAUGCUCGUUGGAAGCACACCAUGGGACGAACCCACCUCGAGGUCGCCCGAGUACAAUGCCUAUCGCACCGGCGAGCUCUUCGCAUACGAUCCGUGGACCAAGAUCCCCAGCGACGCCCUGUCGCUGCUCAAAAAGAUGAUGCACCCAAACCCGGAGAAACGCAUCACGUUUGAAGGCAUCCGUCGCCAUCGCUGGUUCAAGCGCGCCAACGAUCUCAUGACGCAGAAGGGCAAGUGCAAUGAUCCCGUCAACCUCGCCGAGAAGCUGUUGCAGGGUCUUGCGGUCUCGGGCGACAUCAAUUUGGAGAUCAACAGCGCGGCCGCAGCAGCAGCACGUCGACUCGAGCUUCACACGGACGGACAGCGGGCGCAGGUGCCGGAAAAUGUAUCUCUUACUCAGCCCGAGGCCAUUCCCAACAGCUCGUUUGGCUUGGCGGCAGGCAGGUCCGUGGCGCGCGGAUGGCGCGACGAUGCAGAUCACGGCGGCGGUGGCGGCGCCGGCGGAUUGGCACUGCCAUCAUCGACCGCGAUGCCCGCUAUCGCGACGGGCGGCGACGACAUGUCGCGCCGCUUGGCCAUGAGCCAGCACAUUUCAUCACGUCGAGUCGAGUUCUCCUCAUCUGGGAGCGGUAUGGGAUCCGAGAUGAACAUGCCUGGGGCAUCGCAGUUCACCCAGGCUCUCAACCACUUCACGCAAUUCGAAGCACUUACGCACAUGGCAGGCGCCGGAAGCUCACAUCUGCGCUUCUCGCCGCAUCUCACACGCUUCUUUUCGUCGGCAUCUGCAGCAACCAUGGUGAGUCUUGUAACAGACUUGCUCGAUGGGCUCGCAAUUCGUAAUUCAGUCACCGCCAUCGGCGACCAGGAGGAGCUCCAAGAAGCGUACAGUUUUAUGGUAGAGGGCGAGCCUGACGCAGCGGCUUCGAGCGACGACGCUUCUCGCGCGACGACGACGGGUAAGAGGGUCGUGAUUGGUUCGCGAGGUGCGCGAGUGCGUUUUGCUACCAUGGACAAGCGCAAGUGUCCGCUAAGAGGAGAUGUGCGUGUCGAGAACUUGGUCGCGCCGGAUGCGACGUCCGACUCGCCACCUGCGUCGGAGGAUGCUGCCAAGUGUCUGGUGGUCAUGCAGAAGAGCAAGGGUGACCCGCUCGAAUGGCGAAGGCUCUUCCGAGAGAUCUCUCGUCGGCCCGAGAUCCAGGCGACCAUCAUCUCGACCUAA